GUUUGCUGUGCGCUGUGCAGGUUCACUCGCAGGCGAACUUUGGGAUUAUUCUCAGAAUUUUUUGGGCGAAGCUUCUUAGGCCGAGGCAAGAACUCCGUCGAGAGGGCCCUACCGACCACCCCGAUAACAACGAAUGCACCUUCGACUAUUAAAACGACCACGCAACAUUUUUAUUUUAAUAAAACUCAGUUCACCACCCCUGCAGUGAGUACCAUAAGCACAGUUACACCGGCAUACACAAGCACCCAAACUGAAUCUACUACUAUUUUAAAAAUAAACGUACCUACUGCGACCAGUACGACCCCGGGGACAAGUACUGUAACAGAUUUUGCUACAGCCAGUACCAUUUUUGAUACUACCACCCCCGAUUUUGUUGCCACCACAGGGGAACCAAGGGAAAUCCCUAAUAGUCACGAGUUUUAUUUGCCUUCCACCAUUAAGAGAGAGAAGCCACAUAUUAAAAUUUCUUCAAUUAUUAGUCAGAAUUUAUUGCCUCUACCUGCAGGCGCAAGUGCUGCCCUGGUAAAACCCACCAAGUACCAUUACUACCCCCAUAACCAACACAUCUACUUAUUACCAGAAUGCGCCAUUCAACAGGUAUGCAAUGCAGUUUAUGUAAGGCUAAACUGGACCCAGCCAUUAUGCGCAUGUCCAUCCAGAUACAGAGAUCCCUGCUCGGCUUCUUUGAACUCUGAUGACUUGCACACCACUGAGCUCGCAAUCAACAAAAAGUCCAGGAGAGCUUUAACUCUGGUAAAGACUUGCGAACCAACCAAUGAAAUGAGAAUAUGCAGAGCACCACGAGACUGGUCUUUAUUAGCCCUUCAAAAUAUCAGAACUGGCAAAUCCCAUUAUUUAGUUAUUUGCAGAUGUCCAGACAGCAGUACCCUUGAGGGUCCAAUGUCACAUGAUCAACCAACCUACGCUAGUGUACCAGGAAUCCGAGUAUAUGGAAUGAUGUGUGUAGACAACAAACGUAGAGGAAGACCACUGAGGACAACAAGAAGUUUAGAAAUCCCACCAUUCCCAUGGAAAAAGGCGCAAGAGCUUGUAGAGACUGCGCUAUGGGAUUGAAGGCAAAUGUGAUUAAACUGAAAUCGAUUAUUAACAACUUCGAUUAGUAUUUAAGUAAUUAUCAUCUAUUUUAAGGCUAAAACGUAACGUCGCCGUUAUUUAAAUAACUUUAGUGCAAUUAGUUGAAGUACAAUAACGUAUAUAAUUAUAGGGCGAUCUCAUGACUUAAUCAUUCAUCUUUUAAUAUUCAGCGAAUGUCUAGGAUAUUGUUUUUAUAGAUAACAUUUAAUUUUUAUUUAUUUUACGAUUUUAAAACAGAUUAAAUUAGUAUACCUACAUUACAGGCAAAAAUCGUCCAUCUGACCAAUUUUUAUACAAUAAUAUUUUUACGAAUUUAGUAUCUAUAUUAAGUUUUACUUAUUACAGCAUAGGACAACAUUUUAUAGCCAUUUAUCUAUCACGAAGCCAUGUUUUCACAAUAAAUCGACUAAUGGUGGCUUUUACGAAAGAAAAUUGAAGCUUGACCAUAAACUGCUUUAAAAGUAUUAUUUUUUGGCCAUAUUUAAAAUACUAUGAACCAACCUGCUUUGACAUUAUAUUCUGUAGUCAGUGUUUUGUCACAGUAAAUGGUGGUUAUUGUGCAAUAUCCUUUUGUUUUUUUGAUUAUAACCUUUAUAUAAAGACUUUUAGUGAUUUUUUUUUUUUAAAUAUGGCUAAAUUUUGGGUCUUUGAUCACCACAUUUUUCCAAUAGGCACAGGAUACGGAAAUAGGGUAGUUAUUUAUUUUAUUUAUAUUAUGACUUUCAUGUUGUCAAAAGUUGCUUACUUAGGUAGGAAAUUUUUAUUUCUGUAUAUACUUAGACAUAAUAAAAAAAUAAUCG